AUGCUGCCUUACCUGUUCCCUGAGCUGUCCACCUUUGCUACAGUCGCCGAUCUUAUCACCCACCUUCGCACUAGUGACGCUCGCCUGCGUGCCGCCCUUCCCACCGAGUUCUGCGCUAAGAACCCCCCUCCACUGUACUGGACACUCCACUUUCUAGUCACCCGUCUCCCUGACACCCUUAGCUCAGUGCGCGACUAUUUCCUUGCUCGCUGUCCCACUGAGCUCACUGUCGCCCUCCUAGAGGAGAAACUGCUAGCAGCCGAGAAGAGCAUUGUAGCUGUAGGUGCUGCUCGUGGCGCUCCUCGCACCCCCAUCUUUGAGGGGUGUUCUCCCUCUCCCCUCGCUCCCUCCUACGCUACUGCUGCUGCUGUUGACUUCCUUGGUGCUGAGUCUGCUGGCGCUGCUUCUGCUCCUGGUGGGAGGCGCCGCACCGGCAAGGGCAAGGGGGGCAAGGGUGGCGGGGGUGGCGCUGGGGGGGGAGGAGGUGGGGGAGGUGGGGGGGGAGGCGGUGCUGGAGGGAGCGGUGGCGGGAGUGCUGGUGGGAGUGGGGUCGGCAGCGGAGGCGGGGGCGGCGGAGGGAGCGGUGGCGGUGGUGGCGGCGGCGGCGGCGGUGGCGGUGGCGGCGGUGGCGGUCGGAGCGGAGGUAGUGGUGGCGGCGGAGGUCGGAGUGGAGGCACUGGCUCGGGCCAGAGCUCCCACCAGCAGCAGCGUCCCCAGACGACCCAGCAGCUUCGUGAGUGGCUUGCUCAGCGUGGGACGUCGGGGGGCAGUGGCCGUUAUUCCUAUGUCAUUCGCACAGGUGACCGCAAGGGACAGACGUGUGGGAGGUUCCACACCCCGUACCGCUGCUUCUCCCGCCUUGACGACAAUUGGCGUGAGGAGAUGGGCGAGGAUGUUGAGCGCCCCCGCUGGGCUGAGCUGAUGAGGGCUGGUGUUGAUAUCUUUGCUCUUGACUAUGAUGCUAUUAUUGCUGCCAUGUAUGCAUUGACUGUUAGUGCCGAGGGAGACUGUUACUUGUGUGUGCCGCCUGACCCAGGUAUAGAGCCCGCUGCCCUGGGUACUAGUGAGUCUGCUCUCUCUGGUCUGGUGCCCUCUGUGGCUGCUCCCUCCAGUACUGUCCCUACUGCUUGUGAGUCUGCUCUCUCAGGUACAGCACCCACAGAGACUGCUCUCUCAGGUACUGCACCGGCUGAGGCCUUGCACACCUUCACCCUUGACUCAGGUGCUUCCCGCUGUUUCUUUCGUGACAGUACUGAGCUCACUCCACUUCCUGCACCGGUCCCAGUCUCCUUGGCUGACCCCUCGGGGGGCCCAGUCCUUGCACGGUCCACCACUGUGCUCCCGUGUCCGGCGGUUCCGUCUGGCUCGUUGUCGGGUUUCCACCUCCCCUCGUUCUCGACGAACCUGGUGAGCAACGCUGUCAUCCAGGAUCAGUGGGUUGACACCUUUACUCCUGGAGGACAGCGUGUGGCGAUCCUCACGUGCUCCAGGACUGGCCGUCACCUGGCUACGUUUACCCGUCAGCCGGGGUCGAGUCUCUACACACUGUCCACUGCGUCUCCUCAGGUCGCUGCUGUCGGUCAGGUGUCCGCGUCAGGUCUGGUAGCCCACGCCUGUGAGUGUCGUUCCCUGUCGCACCAGACUCUUCUCUGGCACCACCGCCUGGGCCACCCCUCCUUGCCACGCCUCCGUGGCAUGCACCGUCGCCUCCUUGUGUCUGGUCUUCCCAGGUCCCUCCCUCCCCUCCCUGCCUCGCCUGCGCCGCCUUGCCUUCCUUGCGUCGAGGGGCGGCAGUGCGCCGCUCCUCACUCCUCCUCGUUCCCCCCGACAGAGGCUCCUCUGCAGACCCUCCACCUGGACGUGUGGGGCCCAGCCCGCGUUCGUGGCCAGGGCGGUGAGCGGUACUUUUUGCUGGUUGUCGACGACUACUCGCGUUACACCACGGUCUUCCCCUUGCGCACCAAGGGUGAGGUCCCUGCUGUUCUGAUCCCUUGGAUCCGCACAGUUCGUCUCCAGCUCCGCCGCCGUUUCCGGACGGAUCUUCCUGUCCUGCGUCUGCACUCUGACAGAGGUGGUGAGUUCUCCUCCGACCUCUUGAGGACCUUCUGUCAGGCGGAGGGCAUCGAGCAGACCUUCACGCUUCUGGACUCCCCACAGCAGAAUGGGGUUGCUGAGCGCCGCAUUGGCCUGGUCAUGGAGGUCGCUCGUACCUCCUUGGUCCAUGCGGCGGCUCCCCAUUUUCUGUGGCCGUUUGCUGUCCGGUACGCCGCGCAUCAGCUCAACCUCUGGCCCCGUGUCUCCUUGCCGAAGACCUCGCCCACACUGCGUUGGACGGGGGAGGUUGGCGAUGCGUCGCGCUUCCGGGUGUGGGGUGCUCGUGCCCUUGUCCGCGAUACGUCCGCGGACAAGCUCUCCUCCCGCACGCUUCCCUGUGUCUUCCUUGGCUUUGUCCCUGACGCGCCUGGCUGGCAGUUUUACCACCCCACCUCGCGCCGGGUCUUCGCCUCUCAGGACGUCACCUUUGACGAGUCGGUCCCUUUUUACCGUCUCUUCCCCUACCGCACUGCCCCCCUCCCUCCCCCGCCGCUUUUCCUCGCUCCUGGUCCCCCUCCGGUAGACCCCCUUCCCCCUCAGGGUCCUGCUCCUUCAGGUGUCUCUCAGGUAGACCCUCCUCCCGUCGCUGAGCCUGUCGAGGUCACAGGUGACUCAGGUGCUGCUGCAGGUGGUGCUGCUGGGAGUGCUGAGCCUGGGGGUGCUGAGCCUGCGGGUGCUGGGCCUGGGGGUGCUGCGGCUGCGGGUGCUGGGACUGAGGGUGCUGGAGCUGAGGGUACUGUGCCUGAGAGUUCGGAGCCUGGGGGUGCUGAGCCUGGGGGUGCUGCGACUGGGGGUGCUGAGCCUGCGCCUACGGAGCCUGGGGUUGCUGCGUCUGGGGGUGCUCCGGUUCGGGGUGCUGAGCAGUCUCUCACACCGCAGCAGCUUCGUGACUGGUACGUCCGGCGCUUUCGCCGUCCUCGUGGCCCUGCUGGAGUUGGAGGUUCUGGAGCUGCUCGUCCUGGAGGUGCUCGUACUGGAGGUACUGGAGCUGCCGGGACUGGCUGUUCUGGGAGCACUGAGGCUGGAGCUGCUGGAGCUGGGGACUCUGGAGCUGGCGGUGCCAGCGGAGUUGGAGCUACCGGCUCUGGGGGUGCUCUUCCUGGCGGUACUGGAGCUGCUGGAGCUGACGACACUGGAGCUGACGGUUCUGGACACGGUGGUCCUGCUGGUUCUGGAGGUGCUGGCGAGGGGAGGUCUGACGCUGCUGGGGCCUCUGGUGCUGACGUCGCCGACUCUGGGGGUGCUGCGGCGGAGGGUGCUGGUCCUGGUGCUUCUGGUGCUGCGGGUGCUGGAGGUGCUGGCGGAGCUCCGCCGUCGCGCCUGUUCUUCGCUCCUCCGUCACCGUCGGCUUUGCCACCGCCUGACACGGUGCUUCGCCAGGUUCUUUCCCUCCCGUCUUCCACUGGCCUUCCCCUCCAGCCUGGCUCCCCCCUCCCUGCUCCUGUACCUUACACUGCACUGCCGGACUCGCUUACGGAGCGUCGUGAGCCUGUGUCUCGUCCUGCCUCGCCUGUUCGUGCUACUCGCACUGCUCGCACUGCGCGCACUGGUCCCACUGGUCGUCGUGUCGCGCGUCCGCGUCCUCCUCCUGUUCCUGGCACGCAUAUUAUGGCCCUUCGUCCUUCCACUGGUCCACAGCGUGUCCCCCUACCGUCUCCUCCUGCGUCUUCUCUUCCUGAGGUUCCCGACCCUGAGUCUGACAGUGUUCGUGCUGCCCACCCUACUGUUACGCGUCUUCUCGCCACUGUUGUCACUGACCCGUCGUUUGAGUCUUCUGCUGCGUCUGCCCUGGUCGCUGAGCUUGUCGACUUUGCUGCUGCAUGUCGCCUAGACUACGCCGCCAGUCUUGUUGCUGAGUCUAAGUCUGUCUGUCCUCCGUCCGUCGGGGGUGAGUGUGCUCUUGGCACAGACGUCCUUGAGGACAGGCAGGAGGACUUUGACUCUCUUGCGGCUGCUGUACCUCAUCUCGUGGCCUGGUUGCUUGCCCCUGAGGGAGACCCGGAUGCACUAGACAUCCCCACUCCGCGCUCUUACGCAGAGGCGAUCUCGGGUCCCUACUCUUCUCAGUGGCAGACAGCCAUGGACGCAGAGAUGGCAUCCUGGAAGUCCACAGGCACCUACGUCGACGAGGUUCCCCCUCCUGGGGCGAACAUCGUCGAUGGCAUGUGGAUUUUCAAGGUGAAGCGGCCGCCGGGUUCUCCGCCUGUCUUCAAGGCUCGUUACGUUGCUAGAGGCUUCAGUCAGCGCCAGGGGGUUGACUUCUUCCAGACCUUCUCCCCCACCCCGAAGAUGACCACUCUUCGGGUUCUGCUGCACGUUGCUGCUCAGCGUGACUACGAGCUUCACUCUCUUGACUUCAGCACAGCUUUCCUGCAGGGCAGCCUGCACGAGGAGAUCUGGUUGCGCCGCCCACCUGGCUUUACUGGGUCGUUUCCUCCUGGUACCCAGUGGAGCCUCCGCCGGCCAGUCUAUGGUCUCCGCCAGGCGCCACGUGAGUGGCACGACACACUGAGGACUACACUUGCGGCCCUUGGGUUCGCGCCGUCUACUGCUGACCCGUCGCUGUUUCUGCGCACAGACACGUCGCUGCCGCCGUUCUACAUUCUCGUGUACGUCGACGACUUGGUCUUUGCUACUGCUGACACUGAGGCACUCGCUCGUGUGAAGUCGGAGCUGCAGAAGAGACACACCUGCACUGACCUGGGUGAGCUGCGUAGCUACCUUGGCUUGCAGAUCACCCGGGACAGAGCACGCCGCACCAUUACCCUGACUCAGUCACACAUGGUGCAGCAGGUCCUUCAGCGCUUCGGCUUCCAGUUCUCCUCACCACAGGCCACACCUCUGGCUACCAGCCACUCGCUCUCAGCUCCACCUUCGGACGAGUCCGUAGAGCCGAGUGGCCCGUACCCAGAGCUUGUAGGCUGCCUCAUGUACCUGAUGACUUGCACGCGACCUGACCUCGCGUACCCUCUUAGCAUCCUUGCUCGUUACGUUGCGCCUGGGAGACACAGGCGAGAGCACUGGGAGGCUGCUAAGAGGGUGCUGCGUUACCUGUGCAGUACAUCAGGCAUGGGGCUGGUGCUUGGAGGACGCGACAGAGUUGUCCUCACUGGUCACUCGGACGCUUCUUGGGUGGAUGACCUGGCUACGCAGCGGUCGUCACAGGGUUACACCUUCAGCCUUGGCUCUGGUUCUGUCUCGUGGCGGUCCACCCGCUCUUCUUCUGUUCUCAGCUCUAGUUGUGAGGCUGAGAUCUACGCCACGGCCAUGGCUGCACAGGAGUUACGCUGGCUCACCUACCUGCUGACUGACUUGGGAGAGCGGCCUAGUUCUCCUCCAGUUCUGUACGGCGACAACAAGGCGGCCCUUGCCUUGUGUCAGGAGCACAGACUGGAGCACAGGACGAAGCACAUUGCUCUUCGCUACUUUCUUGCUCGAGAGCUGCAGCAGCGAGGUCAGCUUCGGCUUGUGUACGUGGACUCGAAGGCCAACACUGCUGAUAUCUUCACUAAGGCGCUCCCGCCUAGUGAUUAUCAGCGGCACUGUACUUCUUUAGGCCUUGUGUCCACAUUCCCUCAUUUGCUUACUGCUUGA